AUGGAGACUAUCUUUGCUAAUGCCAUGGCCACAGGCAAGUUUGCACUUGGGUCUGCUACUGGCCCAAAGAGGAAGAGAGGGAACUUCUCUGAGGAGGAGAUGCUCUUGUUCACUAACAUGUCAGAUGCUGUGAACAAUGUGGCCAAUGCUCUUAGGGAGACUGGACCUGCCCAUGUUGAUGCCAAUCGGUACCUUGCUGUGAUGGAGAUGUCUGGCUUCAGUGAGGAGGCACUUAUUGUUGCCUACACCUUCCUCCUGGACAACAAGGCCCAAGGCAGGGGCUUUGUGAACAUGAGUGAUGCCCACAGGGCCCUUUGGCUUAGGACCUUCGUGGCCAAAAACUACUAUAUGUAG